AUGUAAUGGCCUGGCGGUUGGUUGGGAAGUUCAAAUCGUUGUUGUCAAACUUUUAUUAAGCUAACGUCUUUAGCGCAAAAGUUGAGUAUAAAUAGUUGUUGCUAAUCUCCAAUAGUCAUUAGUUGAGAACCUCCAAUCUUUGCGGUCACAGCUGUUCCCUGAAUUUUUCUAUUCGACGAUCGGUUUGAAAUGAGAAGUUGUAUCCUUGUUUUACUGGUGGUCUUUGCGGCCCAGGCAUUAGCAGGUUAUUUGGGUGGCGGCGGAGGAGGAGGCGGUUGGUCUAGUGGUGGAGGCGGCGGUGGCUGGAAAUCAGGUGGAGGUGGUGGCUGGUCUUCUGGUGGAGGAGGCGGUGGCUGGAAAUCAGGCGGCGGUGGUGGUGGCGGUUGGUCUGGUGGUGGAGGCGGUGGUUCCACAAAAAUUAUUAAAAUCAUCUCCUUGGGCGGUGGUGGUGGAGGGGGCAAAGGCGGCUGGUCUUCUGGUGGCGGAGGAGGUGGCUGGAAAUCUGGUGGAGGAGGCGGUGGUUGGUCCUCUGGCGGUGGUGGAGGCUGGAAAUCUGGAGGCGGUGGUGGUUGGUCCUCUGGCGGCGGUGGAGGUGGCUGGAAAUCUGGCGGAGGUGGUGGUGGCUGGAAAACAGGCGGCGGUGGCAGCGGUUGGUCCUCAGGAGGUGGAGGAGGCGGCUGGAAGUGGUAAAACAGUCCAAAGUUAAAUUAUUUUCCCUAACCACAACGUGAUACCAAGUAUUCAAGCAGUGAUAUCUUUAGAAGACAAAAGGCUAAAACGUGUUCUCAGAAAUUUAUACAAAACUUAAAAUUUAUAAAAAAAAAAUACAA